AUGAACCGUAUAGUAGCGGCACGGCGGCUGGGCAUUCUGAUGUGGCCGGCUGUGCGGUUGCCGGGCUGCAGCUGCAGUGGGUUUCGGCGAUUCCAGAGCUUCCAGCGGCUGCAGAGUGACGUCUCGGCGACGAAGCCAUACUACGUGACGACGCCGAUCUUCUACGUGAAUUCAGAUCCCCAUGUGGGCCACAUGUAUAGCAUGGUGCUGGCGGACGUGCUGAAGCGGUGGCAGACGCUGCAGGGGCGGCGGGCGCUGCUCUGUACGGGCACGGACGAGCACGGGAUGAAGGUGCAGCAGGCGGCGACACGGGCGGGAGUGGCGCCGAAGCAGUUCUGCGACGAGAACGCGGCCGUGUUUGCCGACUUGGCGCGCCGAGCGCAGCUGGCCAACGACUUUUUUAUCCGCACGACGGACAGCGAUCACGUGGCGGCGGUGCGAGCGAUCUGGCGGCGGCUGCGGCGACGCGGCUACGUGUACCAGACGAAGCACCAGGGCUGGUACUGUGUCAGCGACGAGACCUUUUACCCAGAGGCUCUGGUGGAGAAGCGGAUUGCGGCGGCGACGGGUCGCGUCGAGAUGGUGUCGACCGAGACGGGCAAGACAGUCGAAUGGACCGAGGAAAUCAACUACCACUUCCGCAUGACGGCAGUGCGCGACCGGCUGCUGCAGCUGUACGCAGCGCGGCCAGACUUUGUGGUGCCGGCCGCACGCAUGGCCGAGGUGGUGCACUGGGUGACGAACCAACUGGAAGACCUGUCGAUUUCGCGGCCAGCCAGCCGACUGACCUGGGGUGUGGCCGUGCCGGAGGACGCGAGCCAGACGAUAUACGUGUGGGUGGACGCGCUGGUCAACUACCUGACCAAGGCCGGCUAUCCGGACCGCUGGGAGGGGGGCGAGGAAGGCGAUGCAGACCAGGGACAGGUUCGGGCUGUGGCGUCGUCCAAUUCGUCAUCCUAUCCACAAGCAGUGUCCUCCUCGUCAGUUCCUACACCCGAACAGCGCCAGCGCCAGGAAGCCGGCGGAUGGCCGGCAGAUGUGCAGGUGAUGGGCAAGGACAUUGUGCGGUUCCACGCGGUGUACUGGCCGGCGCUGUUGCUGGCGCUGGAUCUUCCGGUACCGCGGCAGCUGCUCAGCCACGCGCACUGGACGCUGGGCCGCAAGAAGAUGAGCAAGUCGGACGGCAACGUGGUCAACCCGUUUUACGCCAUGGACCGCUUCGGCGUCGACGCCAUGCGCUACUACCUGGUGUACGACGGCGGUGUCGAGCAGGACGCUGAUUACGGCAACGAGCACAUUGUCGAGCGCUACAAGAAAGGGCUGCAGGGCGGCCUGGGCAACCUGUUGGGCCGGAUCAUGCGGACGACACGCUGGAACGUGCGGGAAGCUGUCGAGGAGGCGACGGCAGCCGGCAAGGCUGGCAUGGCUGCCCCUGAACCCUCCCUCGAGACCCAGGCUUCUGCCAUUGAUGGCAUUGCCGCCGUGGCUGCCGGCCACAUGGACCGUCUGGAUGCCCGCGGGGCUCUGCGUGCCGUCAUGGGUCUGGUCUACCAGACGAACCGGUUUGUGCACGAGAACGCGCCGUGGACGCUGGCUCGGACGGCCGACGUCGCCGAUGAGGCCGGUGCUGUGGACGUGGCCGCUGCUGACCGCCUCCGCAUGCGCCAAGUCGUCUUUUUAGCAGCCGAGGCACUGCGCGUAGUCAGCAUCUUGCUGCAGCCCGUGAUGCCGGCCAAAGCAGCCGAAGUGUUGGACGUGCUCGGCGUGGCGAGCGGCCGGCGCACGUUCCAGGAUGCCCGUCUCGGCGCCGACACUGACUACGGACUGCCCCUACGGUCGCCUGGCAAGAGCAGCGAUGACGGCUUGUUUCCACCGCUGCCCGUGGAAGACUGA